AUGGAUGUGUUCGAUCAGCAAUUACCAAUAAAAUAUGGAGAUGCGGAAAGUUUGAGAAGAUUUGUGCAAACUUCCCGCUCAUGUGUGAAUUCAUUGGAGAAGACUGGUGUGGAUGUGCGACAACAGUCUGAAAUUUUAGUGUACUACAUGAUGAAGAGAUUACCGAAUCAAUUAAGAGUGGAUUGGGAGCGGUCAAUAUCUUCAACGCAGAAUCUGCCGAGCUUUGAGGAGCUCAGUCAGUAUCUUGAAACACAGUACAGAACAAUGAUUACGGCGUCAGCAGAGAAUGCAGCUCAGCAGCUACGUUUACGGCGCAAACAGGCUAACAUCACGAUUACUGGGUUAGCAGAUACUAAAAUCACAGAUGCGGCUGCAGAGGUGGAGCUAGUCAUAGGAUCAAUCUACAACCCACAUGCGAAAUACAAGCUGCUCGCGUCAGUAAUACCUCUAGUGAGUAAGCGCAUGCCCAUCAAACGACUGCCGUUUGAAGAGUGGACUCAUCUGAAGGGCUUACCGUUGGCCGACCCUAACUUCUUCAGUCCACAAGGAGUUGAUAUUUUGUUGGGAAAUGACGUCUACGAUGAGCUGAUGUUAGGAGAAGUGCAUCGAGGAAUACGUGGUAUGCCUCUGGCGCAAAAUACGCAUUUGGGAUACAUUGUAUCAGGAAAAACGAAUCAAGAAGCUGGUAGGAGAUCGUCCUACACCAUAACGGUACGAAGGAAGGAAGCUGAUGAGAUACUUGAACAAUUGUUAUGUAAGUUUUGGGAGCUAGAACAAUUCGACGAGGAGCCACGUGGGGUUUCAGUAGAGGAUAACUGGUGCGAAGAUUUCUUCGUUAAGACACAUAGCCGAAUGCCGUCUGGGAAAUAUGUUGUUCGUCUUCCUUUUCUUACAUACUUGGACGAAUCAAUGGUAAUUGGAGAAUCAUAUAAGAGCGCGUUAAAACGAUUACAUUCUCUGGGCAGACGGUUGCGUAACGAUGCGAGUUUGAAGAACGCUUAUGUUGGCACGAUAAAUGAGUAUCUGGAGCUGGGUCAAAUGGAACGUGUAACGUCACGGGCUAGUAAGACGGGCAAUCCUGCAUUGGGGGGAGUCGAUCAUUGCUACCUACCGCAUCACCCAGUCAUAAAGGAAUCGUCAUCAACUACGAAGGUACGAGUUGUCUUCGAUGGAUCGAGCAAGACGAGUAAUGGAAAAUCGCUUAAUGAGAUUCUAGCAAUAGGUCCAAAUUGCACGUACAUCUUCAAGGAAUCAUUCUCAUUGGCGAGGGCUAAAAUGGGUAUUUAUGGCGGAUGUUGA